CCCCGCCUCCCGCAGCCGCAGCCGCUGCCCGGGACAGUGGCCCCCAGACCCCCGCCCCUGAUCCACGCCCAGACCGAGCGCCCGAGGACCAUGGCCGGCCAGGGGGACUGCUGCGUCAAGGUGGCCGUCAGGAUACGGCCCCAGCUGUCAAAGGAGAAGAUUGAGGGAUGCCACAUCUGUACUUCUGUCACCCCGGGGGAGCCCCAGGUCCUUCUGGGGAAGGACAAGGCCUUCACCUAUGACUUUGUCUUCGACCUGGACACCUGGCAGGAACAGAUCUAUUCUACCUGCGUGAGCAAGCUCAUCGAGGGCUGCUUUGAGGGCUACAAUGCCACAGUGCUGGCCUACGGCCAGACAGGGGCCGGGAAGACGUACACUAUGGGCACUGGCUUCGACACAGUGACGUCGGAGGAAGAGCAGGGCAUCAUUCCAAGGGCCAUCGCACACCUCUUCGGGGGCAUUGCUGAGCGCAAGCGGCGGGCACAGGAGCAGGGCGUGCCUGGGCCUGAGUUCAAAGUCAGCGCUCAGUUCCUGGAGCUCUACAAUGAGGAGAUCCUUGACCUGUUUGACAGCACGCGGGACCCUGACUCCCGCCACCGCAGGUCCAACAUCAAGAUCCAUGAGGACGCCAAUGGCAGCAUCUACACCACGGGUGUCACUUCCCGCCUCAUCAACUCCCAGCAGGAGUUGAUCCAGUGCCUGAAGCAGGGGGCCCUGUCGCGCACCACGGCCAGCACCCAGAUGAACGUGCAGAGCUCACGCUCACACGCCAUCUUCACCAUCCACCUGUGUCAGAUGCGCGUGUGCACCCAGCCUGACCUGGUGAAUGAGGUGGUGACUGGGCUUCCCGAGGGCACUGCUCCUUCGAGUGAGUACGAGACGCUCACCGCUAAGUUUCACUUUGUGGACCUGGCUGGCUCCGAGCGGCUGAAGCGGACGGGGGCCACCGGCGAGCGUGCCAAGGAGGGCAUCUCCAUCAACUGCGGCCUGCUGGCCUUGGGCAAUGUGAUCAGCGCCCUAGGGGACCAGAGCAAGAAGGUGGUACACGUGCCCUACAGGGAUUCCAAGCUCACUCGGCUCCUCCAGGACUCACUGGGGGGCAACAGCCAGACCAUCAUGAUUGCCUGUGUAAGCCCUUCGGACCGAGACUUCAUGGAGACGCUCAACACACUCAAAUAUGCCAAUCGGGCACGCAACAUCAAGAACAAGGUGGUGGUGAACCAGGAUAAGACCAGCCAGCAGAUUAGCGCACUGCGGGCCGAGAUUGCACGCCUGCAGAUGGAGCUGAUGGAGUACAAGGCGGGCAAGCGGGUGAUUGGGGAGGAUGGCUCGGAAGGCUACAGCGACCUGUUCCGGGAGAACGCCAUGCUGCAAAAGGAGAAUGGGGCCCUGCGCCUGCGGGUGAAGGCCAUGCAGGAAGCCAUUGAUGCCAUCAACAGCCGCGUCACCCACCUAAUGAGCCAGGAGGCCAACCUGCUCCUGGCCAAGGCCGGCGACGGCAACGAGGCCAUUGGUGCACUGAUCCAGAACUACAUCCGGGAGAUCGAGGAGCUGCGGACGAAACUCCUGGAGAGCGAGGCCAUGAACGAGUCUCUCCGCCGAAGCCUCUCUCGGGCCUCGGCGCGGAGCCCCUACUCUUUGGGGGCGUCUCCCGCUGCACCGGGCUUCGGGGGCAGCCCGGCCAGCUCCAUAGAGGACGCGUCCGAGGUGAUCCGCAAGGCCAAGCAGGACCUGGAGCGGCUCAAGAAGAAGGAGGUCAGGCAGCGCAGGAAGAGCCCAGAGAAGGAGGCCUUCAAAAAGAGGGCGAAGCUGCAACAGGAAAACAGCGAGGAGACGGAUGAGAACGAGGCUGAGGAGGAGGAGGAAGAACACGAGGAAAGUGGCUGUGAGGAGGAGGAAGGGCGUGAGGAUGAAGAUGAGGACUCGGGCAGUGAGGAGAGCCUGGUGGACUCGGACUCAGACCCUGAGGAGAAGGAGGUGAACUUCCAGGCAGACCUGGCUGACCUGACAUGCGAGAUCGAGAUCAAGCAGAAGCUGAUUGAUGAGCUAGAGAACAGUCAGCGCCGUCUGCAGACCCUCAAGCACCAGUACGAGGAGAAGCUGAUUCUGCUGCAAAACAAGAUCCGGGACACCCAGCUGGAGCGGGACCGUGUGCUCCAGAACCUCAGCACCAUGGAGUGCUACACGGAGGAGAAAGCCAACAAGAUCAAGGCAGACUAUGAGAAGAGGCUUCGCGAGAUGAACCGGGACCUGCAGAAGCUGCAGGCCGCACAAAAGGAGCACGCGCGGCUGCUCAAGAACCAGUCACGCUAUGAGAGGGAGCUGAAGAAGCUGCAGGCCGAAGUAGCUGAGAUGAAGAAGGCUAAGGUGGCCCUGAUGAAGCAGAUGCGUGAGGAGCAGCAGCGGCGGCGGCUGGUGGAGACCAAGAGGAACCGCGAGAUCGCUCAGCUCAAGAAGGAGCAGCGGCGACAGGAGUUUCAGAUCCGAGCUCUGGAGUCCCAGAAACGGCAGCAGGAAAUGGUCCUGAGGAGGAAAACCCAGGAGGUUUCUGCACUGAGGCGCCUGGCCAAGCCCAUGUCUGAGCGGGUGGCGGGGAGGGCAGGACCAAAGCCCCCCAUGAUGGAUUCGGGGGCUGAGGUGUCAGCCAGCACCACCUCGUCUGAGGCCGAAUCAGGGGCCCGCUCUGUCUCCAGCAUCGUGCGCCAGUGGAACCGCAAGAUCAACCACUUCUUGGGGGACCACCCCACACCCACUGUUAAUGGCACCCGUCCUGCUAGAAAGAAGUUCCAGAAGAAGGGAGCCAGCCAGAGCUUCAGUAAGGCUGCGAGGCUCAAGUGGCAGUCCCUGGAGCGGCGCAUCAUCGACAUCGUCAUGCAGAGAAUGACCAUCGUCAACCUGGAGGCCGACAUGGAGCGGCUCAUCAAGAAAAGGGAGGAGCUGUUCCUCCUACAGGAGGCGCUGCGGAGGAAGCGGGAGCGGCUCCAGGCCGAGAGCCCAGAGGAGGAGAAGGGGCUGCAGGAGCUGGCCGAGGAGAUUGAGGUGCUGGCCGCCAACAUUGACUACAUCAAUGACAGCAUCACAGACUGCCAGGCCACCAUUGUGCAGCUGGAGGAGACCAAGGAGGAGCUGGACUCCACAGACACAUCAGUGGUCAUCAGCUCCUGUUCUCUGGCUGAAGCCCGCCUCCUGCUGGACAACUUCCUCAAGGCGUCUAUUGACAAGGGGCUACAGGUGGCCCAGAAAGAGGCCCAGAUCCGGCUGCUGGAGGGGCGGCUGAGGCAGACAGACAUAGCGGGCUCCUCCCAGAACCACCUGCUCCUGGAUGCCCUGCGUGAGAAGGCCGAGGCGCACCCCGAACUGCAGGCCCUCAUCUACAAUGUGCAGCAGGAGAAUGGCUACGCCAGCACGGACGAGGAGAUCUCAGAGUUCUCCGAGGGGAGCUUCUCCCAGUCAUUCACCAUGAAAGGCUCCACCAGCCAUGAUGAUUUCAAGUUCAAGGCCUUCCUCUCCCAGGGUGAGCCGAAGCUGUCUGCCCAAAUGAAGGCCGUGUCUGCGGAGUGUCUGGGUCCCCCGCUGGAUAUCUCCACCAAGAACAUUACCAAGUCUCUGGCCUCCCUCGUGGAGAUCAAAGAGGAUGCCGUGGGCUUCUCCGUGAGAGACCCCUACUACCGCGACAAGGUCUCGCGCACCAUCAGCCUGCCCACCCGAGGGAGCACCUUCCCCCGGCAGUCUCGAGCGUCAGAGACAUCCCCUUUGACCCGAAGGAAGUCAUAUGACCGAGGGCAGCCCAUCAGGUCCACAGACGUGGGAUUCACACCCCCCUCGUCCCCUCCCACUCGGCCCCGCAAUGACCGCAAUGUCUUCUCUCGUCUCACCAGCAAUCAGAGCCCAGGGUCGGCGCUGGACAAGUCUGAUGACAGCGACUCCUCUUUGUCGGAGGUCCUGAGGGGCAUUAUCACGCCGGUCGGCGGAGCCAAAGGUGCCAGGACAGCCCCGCUGCAGUGCGUCUCCGUGGCUGAGGGCCACACCAAGCCCAUCCUCUGCCUGGAUGCCACGGAUGAGCUGCUCUUCACAGGGUCCAAAGACCGCAGCUGUAAGAUGUGGAACUUGGUCACUGGGCAGGAGAUUGCAGCUCUUAAGGGCCACCCCAAUAAUGUGGUCUCCAUCAAGUACUGCAGCCACUCGGGACUCGUGUUCUCCGUGUCCACCUCCUACAUCAAGGUGUGGGACAUCCGGGACUCAGCCAAGUGCAUCCGGACCCUCACGUCCUCAGGCCAGGUGAUCUCCGGCGAUGCCUGUGCGGCGACAUCCACCCGGGCAAUCACCAGUGCUCAGGGUGAGCACCAGAUCAACCAAAUCGCCCUGAGCCCUUCAGGCACCAUGCUGUACGCCGCCUCAGGCAACGCCGUCCGCAUCUGGGAGCUCAGCAGGUUCCUACCCGUCGGCAAGCUGACCGGCCACAUUGGCCCUGUGAUGUGCCUGACGGUCACCCAGACAGCCAGCCAGCAUGACCUGGUGGUGACCGGCUCCAAGGACCACUAUGUCAAGAUGUUCGAAUUGGGCGAGUGCGUGACGGGCACCAUCGGCCCCACACACAACUUCGAACCCCCGCACUACGACGGCAUCGAGUGCCUCGCCAUCCAGGGAGACAUCCUGUUCAGUGGCUCCCGAGAUAAUGGCAUCAAGAAGUGGGACCUGGAGCAGCAGGAGCUCAUCCAGCAAAUCCCCAACGCACACAAGGACUGGGUGUGUGCCCUGGCCUUUGUCCCGGGCCGCCCCAUGCUGCUGAGCGCCUGCCGUGCAGGCGUCAUCAAGGUCUGGAACGUGGACAACUUCACGCCCAUUGGGGAGAUCAAGGGCCAUGACAGCCCCAUCAACGCCAUCUGCACCAAUGCCAAGCACAUCUUUACCGCCUCCAGUGACCUGACAGUGAAGUUCUGGAGUGCACGGCGGUUGCCCGGUGGCCCACCCUAGGAGUGAGGUCAGAGGAUGGCCCAGACCCUCGCCAGCGGCCUGGAUAGCACAGAAGGGGAGCCCUGGGGGCCAAGGGCGUGGGCAGGGCGUGGCCCUCUCCGCUGUCCUUCCCUUGACCUUACCAUGGGAUGUUGUGUCCCCAGCCCCUCCCUGGCCUCUUGGGGAGAGAGAAAGAGGUUGGGGAGGAAAUUAAGCUGUGAAGCCAAAGGGCAUUUUCCCCUCUCAUUUCUCUUCCCACAGCUCCUUGGCCUACCCCAACUGGCCACGUUUUCUCCUGCAGACCUGGCCAUGCCCGUCCUCGAGGCCUCUGGUCCAGCAGAGGGGCCCUGUCGGGGAGGUAGCAGCCCCAGCCCCACCUGCCCCUCUGGUGACUGGCCUCCAGGCCCCUCCCACCCUUCUCCCAGCCCAGCCUCUGGAACCCCUGCACCUGCCUCUGAGCCCAAAAAAUUAGUCCUCAGGUAACCACGGAAACCAGGUGUAGGCAGCUGGGCCCUGCAGCUGACCCUCAACCCCUUGGGCCCCACAGCCAUUCCCACUAGAUCCCUGCAGUUCCCUGGGGUCCCUUUGUGAUGGGGCCAAAGAGGAACUUCUGGGAAGAGUCCUUUGGGGAUGGGGAGGUGUUCAGAAAUACUUGUUAUUUAUUUUUUAAUUUUUUUUUUUAAAUUUUUUUUUAUUUUUGCCGUUGCCUCCUGGAAACUGACUUGAAGUUUCUUCCCACGUGUUUUUCCCUUGGCUCUUGGAGGCCUGGAAUCCCAGAGGGAAUCCAUCCUCCUCGCCCUCUGGGGCCUCCUCCUCUCUUUGCUUGCAGAGGAGGAAAAUGCCCCCUUGGACUCUCUGCAGCUUGGCCUGUCCCGACAUUGCUCCCAGGGACAUGUAGCGCCCCCUGACCUCUAGGCCGCCUGAGCUUCAGUGCCUUCCUCCAUCCCAGGGCCUGGUGCCCGUGCUGGGCAGCCUUACACCAGCCAUGCCCACGGCACCACAUGUGUCUUCUCCCUGCACUGUCUCAUGCCCAUUGCCCUGAGAGGGCGGGGAGCUCUACCGCACAGCCCAGGGCCAGGGAGCCCACCCCCAGGGUUCUGCAUGGGUUCCUAAGGAAGCAGCUCAGAGAACUAUCUGCUAGGAGGCAGCCUGGCUGGUGAGGAACCCCACCUCACCCCAGUGCACCCAGAUCUUCACCCUGACCAGGCAGGGAAUCCCUUGAGCUUUCUCUCUGGUUAUUCAGGAGACAUUUUCAAGCCUUAAAACCGGCACAGGGCAGGGGGGCCCUUCCUUUUGGGAGAUUAAUGGCCCAGAGGGCGUUCACUAAAUUGUUCUUGGGGCUGCAGACAACAGCUCCAAGUACACCCUGAAUGGGUGUUAGGGCACUUCCUGUUGGGGUAACUCUGAAUUUACAAGAGUGGCCUCUGGAGGGGUCCCCUCCGGCCCUCUGUCCCAACCUUCCACACUGUUUUUCCAUUGCUGACUGGUCUUGUGCUUCAUGGCCUGUCUGGAGGCCAGGAACUACAGCUACGUUCAGAGGGCACCGGGACUUUUGGACUUUGUGCUCUGUUUCUGUCCUUGGAACCUCUCCCUUUUGGCCAAGGCACUCCCUGUUAGCUCUGUGUGGUCCCGGUGAGAGGCAGCUGCUGCUGAGGGCUGAGCGCGGCCUCCUGGGCUCUGCCCCCUGACGCUGAGAAAGCUUCCUGCUCUGAGUGGCCCCUGCUGGACGUGGUACCCGCAGAUGUGCGGGAGGACGCACCCUCGCCGGCUGAUCUCCUGGAGCCUGGGUCGGUGAUGAGGACUGGGAAUCCCUCCUGUAAACCCUCCCGGGGCGCCAGCAACUCCCUGAGCCACUCAGCAGCCAGCACAAGUCCUUCCCCUCCCACCCUUCCCACCGAACGGAAAAAGCUUCCACCUCGUGACCUGUGAGAAAGAACCCCCUGCAUGACUGUUUACAAACUGUAUAAACACAAGACUGUGUGUCCCACGGGCCGGGCGGCUGGCCUGGGGUGGCCGCGGGGCAGCGAGGCCUGUUCCUGCACAGGUGUCAUGUCCAGGCCACGAGAGGUGCUCACGUCGCCCGGCUCUUCUGUUCUGGCGGGUCAGCUACCUCAUGGCCGGCCGGCUCUGCUGUCCUGGCGAGUAUUGAUGACUCUAAACUUGAAGCCCUUUGGGACCCCAAGCCCCUCCGAGCUUUGGAGUCUCUGCCCACCCUUUCAGGGAUGUCCAAGGUCAUAGUUAGGGGCAGGCCCCUAACUCCACUCGCUGCACAAGCCCCCUAAAUGUUGGAAGCACAAGAUGGUGGUGGUUUGAGCACACUGGCAAGGUCGUGGCGGGUGGCCCAGGGGCCUCAGCCCAGCCGCGGGGUCCGAAGUCAGACUGAGCUUGCGCACAUCUCGGGGGUCCUGCCCUCUCAGACCAGGCCUUGGCCCAUGGCUUGUCAUGAUUCUGGGACUCAUAAUACUUACUCUUCUGUGCCCUUCCAAAGACUGGAGGCUGGGCCGCUUCUGAAUGUCAUGGGCCCGGGAGGAGUCACCUAUCCAGACCCCUCAUCCCAAAUCUUGAAAUGCCUGAGUCCAGGCUGAGUCCGACCCUAUUGAGCCUAAACAGCCUGGACCCACAUUUCCAGUAUCCCGGGCCAAGCCCCUGUGAAUGCUUCUGAAGCUGAUUGGUUCCCUGGAGCAACAGUGUCUUCCCUCCCACGGACCUCGGGCCUUCCUCACACAGCCCUGUAUCUGGCUCUGCCCUCAGUAUUACCAGGUCAGUGUUUGCGGAGUGACCAGCUCCUCUACGGCAGCCAGAAUUCCCAGGGGGGCAGCUGGGGCUGCCUUUGGAGGUUGCCAAGGAAGGAACAAAGGUUCAGAGGCUGUGGCUGGCACACCCAAGCCUUCGAGGUGGGCUUGGUGCCCUCUUCGGGCCCUCGGGAAGGGAACCCUGAGGACCCAGGAGUAUCUCCCCGCCUUCCCGCCCUCACCAUAGUUUCAGCCUAGGAAACCUCCCUCCUUAGUCGUCCAGCCCACUGCCCCGGUCCACCCGGGGCUGCUGUGCAGCUCGAGCAGAGGGCAAUUCUAAGCACAAAACCACUGUAGGGAAAACUUCCAACACCACGUGAGGUGGUGAGGACGCUGGCAGGCAGGUGGCUGUGAAGUCAGAGGUUCCACUGUCCCCCAUCACAGAGUCCGUCCUGACUCUCAGAGCCUCCUCUUAGGCAGUUUGGGUGGACGUGGGCCCCCCUGGGGCGUGCCACCCCUGCCCAAGUUGGGUGUGUUCACCCUGGGGUUUGUGUGGGCAGAGCCUGCCCUGCUAGGGAGCGAGUUCCUUCCCAGGGUGGCCCGCACCUGUGGUAUCUGUCCCUUGCCAUCCCAAACAGGAAAUGCCUGCCACUCCCUGAGCUUGGCACAGCCUCCCAGUCCAGGCUCAGGAGCCAGGCUUGGCCAGUGCCCCCCACAGGCCUUUGUGGGCCUGGCCCGCCUCUCCUGGCUCCCAGAUCCUUCAUGCUUUCUCAUGCGCGACAACAGAACCUAAGUUCUGUUCCUUCCAAUUUGGUUCUAUCCCUCUUUCCCACCCAUCCCCGGCACUCAGAUGAGUGUCCAACCCCUACCCCACCCCAGGCCAGUCCUUUAAACCCAUGUCUCAAGGGCCUUGCAGAACCGAGGAGUAGAGAACAGCCCUGGAGGAAUCGGGGCUACCCGCCCACCAACUCCCCUCGCACCACACCCUGCUCAGGCUGCAGGGUUUCGUUCAGCUCCUGCCCUUCACUCUGAGUCUAGCACAAGGUGUAUAUAUGUUUUGUAUCUCUGCCAAUGACUGUACAUAGUGUAUGAAAGUUAUUUAAGCCUCAUGCUGUACAUUUAUGUUGUUAGACUGGAUGUUUGUGUUCUAAGAAGUUGUCAUAAAUAAAACCCAAAUGGCCAUUGUCU